AGAACGCCCCCGCGGGUCUAGCAGGGUCUCCUUCGGUUGGCCCGCAUAGCCUAGCAAACGCGUCGCAGCGAGACCACAACACCACGUCGCUGAAACGCCGUCCGCCACGGCCAAGUUAGCCCAGUCGUGGAAGCGCUUUUCAUCCUUUAUGGUGACAUUAAAAACCGAAUUGGGCGCGCUGAAAACUUUUUUUCUCAUUUUUUUUACUGGAACAAUCGACUCGAGUUGAGAUUUACCCUCCUCCGAGAGUCCGUCGCUAAAUCCAGAGUUUCACGUGGAAAUUUAAUCCAUACUGGAUGGGGAUUAUGUUUUUGCUGUGAGGAAAAGAACGAGACCGAGGGAACCCUCCCCGGGACGCAUCGGCAUGUAGCGGGAACCUGUCUACAUCCAUUGGGAAUGGGCCAGCAUCUAGCCAGAGAGCAUCUAUCCACACGGUGGUGCGGCUGGCGUCGCCCAAGAGUGAGGGGGGCCACGGCCAACUCCUAAAGGCGGCCGAACCCUGCCCCCUCUUCCUCUCUUUCUCUUCUCUCUCUCCUUUCUCCGUUUCCCUCUCCCUCCAUCCUCACGGUGACUUUUGAACUUGCCAUGCCCUUCCGGCUGAAGCUGCGGCGCACGCGGCGCUACAACGUCCUGAGCAAGAACUAUUUUGUGACGCGCAUUCGGCUGCUGGACAACAACGUGAUCGAAUGUACUCUGUCGGUGGAGAGCACGGGGCAGGAAUGUCUGGAAGCCGUGGCGCAGCGCCUGGAGCUACGUGAGACUCCCUACUUCGGCCUGUGGUUCCAAGGGAAGACCCAGGCUCCGGCGCAACGUUGGGUGGAGUUGGAGAAGCCCCUCAAGAAGCAACUGGACAAGUUUGGCAAUGAGCCGCUGCUUUUCUUCGGGGUCAUGUUCUACGUGCCCAGCGUAUCCCGCUUGGAGCAGGAAGCCACCAGGUAUCAGUAUUACCUCCAGGUGAAGAAGGAAUUGUUAGACGGACGCCUCCACUGCACGGUGGAGCAGGGCAUCAGACUAGCUGGCCUAGCAGUGCAAGCCGACUUCGGGGACUUCACUCAGUUCAUGUCUCAGGACUUCCUUCGGGAGUACGUCCUCUUUCCAGUGAACUGGCCUAAUGGAGACGAGGUGCUGGAGGAGUGGACACAGAAGGUUGCAGAAGAGCACAAGAGCCACUGUCGAAUGCAGGCGGCCGAAGCAGAGCUGUUGUACAUCAAGGAGAUCGAGAAACUGGACGGCUUUGGCCAGGAGAGUUUCGCCGCUAAGGACAACUACACUAACGACAUUUUCAUCGGCAUGUCUUUCAUCGGUGUGUUCGUCAAGCACAGAAACGGCAGAUCUAUCAUGCUCCACAGGUGGAAGGAUAUCGGCACCAUCGCGCACAACAAGUCGGCCAUCACAGUGGAGAUAACAAGUCGCGAUGACACCAUCAUCUUUCACCUGGAGGAUAUGGAAAUGGCCAAGUACAUCGCUCGUCUGUUCACGGCCAGACACAAGUUCUACAAACAGAACAAGAUUUGCGCAGAGCCCACUCAUUCCCCUGCGCCAAUCAGGAGAAGGCCCACCUGGACGCACCGCCUUUCUCUGCCGCGGCCGCAGUCCUGUAACUUCCAGACAAUGCAUUCCCAAUAUGGAGAACAUUACCAAGACACAAAGAGCUCUCAAGACAGCAUCUUCCACGACGACCCCUACUACAAGUCCGAGAGCAGCCUGGACCACUGCCAGGUGGACUUCCCCUUCCGCAACGGCACCCUGCCCAACGGAAGCAUGUACAGCAGCCCCAGCCUGAGCUCCCUCAACCACUCGCAAACCUUCGUGCCGCCCUCGCCGAUGUCCUCCAACCUCAGCAUCCCGGGCAGCGAGCUGAUGCGCCCGGAUUACAUCCCCAGCCACCGGCACAGCGCCAUCAUCGCGCCGUCCUACCGGCCUACGCCCGAGUACGACGCCGUGAUGCGGCAGAAGCGGCGCAUGCUGCACGCUCAUCACGACCUCCACAGCCAGUCGCUGCGCAGUUUGAACAUUAGUAACGCCUGCGCCUAUCGCCAACCGGAGGCUCUGGUUUAUAGCCAGCCUGAAAUGAGGGAGAGGGGCCCUUAUCAUGGCCUGGGACCCAGUCCCGGACCCUACGCACAGAUCAGCUAUAGCAAGCCAGUGUCUCAUGGCCCACUUCAGGGAGGACCAGCUAGUAGUCAGGGCGCUUGUCAUUUGCCUUGCGUCAACGGAGGUGGAGGAAGCGGCGGAGGCGGCGGCGGCGCGGGAAGUUCAAUCUCUCACACGGUUAGCACACCCGAGCUGGCGAAUACAAAACAACAAGGGAACAACGCCGGCAGCUACGCCGCCACGGCUCACGUCAUGAGGAACCACAUAUCGCGACCUCCGCCGCCGUAUCCCUCCACGGCAUUCCGGCCCGCCACAAGCACGCCGGACCUGGCGAGCCACCGCCUGCGCUGCAUCGGGGGCAGCAGCCCGGAGCUGGUGACCCGCAUGGUGCAGCUGUCCGUCAAGACCUUCCAACCGGACAGCUCGGCGGUGGUGCACCAGUCCCUGCAGGAGGUCAGCGAGCCGCUCACCACCACCGUGGCCAAGCACCGCUCCACCCUGGGUAAGAGGCACAGCAUGGAGGUGAUCAGCAGCAUGAGAGGCGGCGGGAUGGAGGGCAUGGUGAUGAAGGGCAUCAACGCUCCUCUUCAUCGAAGGAAUACGCUGCGGGAGCACGUGAUGCCCCCGCAGCCGGUGGCCCAAGCACCCCAGCGUCAUUCCCCACCACCCCCUCCCUCGCAAUCCAAAGACUUGCCCAUCCCGAUGCCCUCACAGAAGGAACCCCCGGCGGCACCCCCUGUGGCUUACCAGCAUCAAAAGACUCUCUCCAACGCCACCAUGCUCAUCCACAGCAGCGAGAGCGAGGAGGAGGAGGACGAAGAUGAGGAGGAAGAGAGGCCAGAGCUGGACGUCCAAAUCCCGGGUCUCAAUGAGGACAUUAGCAUCAGCGCCCAGUUGCAGGCCGCCUUGGCCAAGCUGCCCAACAAGCCCCCUCCGGAGUACCCGGGCCCUCCCAGACCUUCCAGCAACAUUUCCAUUCACAACCAUACGCACCACCACAACCACAAUUCACCGCCACACGGCACCCAGGUGCCGACGGAUACCAUCCGACCCCAAGGAUGGAAUCCCGCGGACGGCGAACCCGGGAGCGGGGGUAGCGGGACUCUGACACGAGGGGACCAGGGCGGCAUCAACGGCAACGUCUUGGGGCCAUCUAUUUCGGAACCGGACCUGACCAGUGUGAAGGAGAGGGUGAGGAAGGAGCCGGUUAAGGAGAGGCCCGUGUCAGAGAUGUUCUCCUUGGAGGACAGCAUCGUGGAGAGGGAGAUAGCGCAAAGGACGUUGGAGAGACAGAAGAUGUCCGUGGACUCAAUGAAGCGGCCGCUGAUGAUGGCCGCCCUCAACGGCCUCUACGCGGCCCGCAUGCCCGUUCCUGAGUGUUCGACGGACGACGGCGCCAAGACUGCCACCGACGAGCGGUGUAAAAUGUUGGAGCUGAAGCUGGAGGAGGAGCGCGUCUUCACCGAGUACGAGCAGGUGCCCAAAAAGAGGGCGGACGGCCCGCUCACCACAGCCACGCUCCCCGAGAACGCCGAGCGCAACCGCUUCCGUGACGUGGUUCCAUACGAGGAGAACCGAGUUGAGUUGGUGCCCAACAAGGAAAACAACACGGGCUACAUCAAUGCCUCCCAUAUCAAGGUGACCAUCCGAGGGGAGGAGUGGCACUAUAUCAGCACCCAGGGCCCACUGGCCAACACCUGCGGCGAUUUCUGGCAGAUGGUGUGGGAACAGGGCGUCAAUGUCAUCGCCAUGGUUACGGCCGAAGAGGAGGGCGGGCGCUCCAAGAGUCACCGCUACUGGCCCAAGCUGGGGUCCAAGCACAACUCGGCCACACAUGGCAAGUUCAAGGUGACCACCAAGUUCCGCACCGACUCGGGCUGCUACGCCACAACAGGUCUGAAGGUCAAACACCUGCUAUCGGGCCAGGAGAGAACCGUGUGGCACCUGCAGUACACCGACUGGCCUGAGCAAGGCUGCCCAGAAUAUGUCCAGGGCUUCCUCUCCUACCUGGAGGAGAUCCAGUCGGUGAGGAGGCACACCAACUCUAUGCUGGACACCUCCAAGAGCCUAAACCCACCAGUGGUGGUGCACUGCAGUGCAGGAGUGGGUCGCACCGGCGUCGUUAUUCUCACCGAAUUAAUGAUUAGCUGCCUGGAGCACAAUGAGCCCGUGGAGAUCCCCACCAUGCUUUCGGGCUUGAGGCAGCAGAGGAUGCUGAUGGUCCAGACCAUCUCGCAGUAUAAGUUUGUCUACCAGGUCCUCAUCCAGUUCCUCAAGAACUCUCGCCUCAUCUGAAGUGUCGGCAGAAUACACACCCUCACCCUCCUUUUUACAUUUGAUUCAUUUUUUCAUUUUCAAACUGCUAAAACGGUUUUAUUUUCUCAAAUAGUGGCCAGCCAUCCCUCUAAUGGACCCUGUGUAUAAUUAACAUGCCACAAGAUGGCGCCAAAUCACUGCUUGCCUAAUCCUAACUGAAACCUAUCAACGCAAAGUGAUAUUAUGCCUCCCCCAUCUGGAGUUAUGUAAAUAACCCCUCCCCUCAGGUCACUAUGUAUCGAUAAAUGAUAAUUUUGAACAGCAGUUGUGUGACCAAAAAAAAACCCCACAUCAAAUAUUAACUUUAACAUUGUAACAAAUGUUUUUCUUGUUCCUUUUAUAUUUAUUUAACCGUCUCAACAUUGUGCUCACCCACAUUACAUUUCAAUAUGUCCACUCAAUUUCUGAACAAAUACAGUGCAUCUACAAAAUAUUCACAGCGCUUCCCUUUUUGCAACUUUUGUCUUUUUGCAUGCACCCCUUGUCCAAAGCGGAAGAAAUGAAAUUUUCUCCCCCCUCAAAAUUCCGUACUACAUACAAUACUCAAUAGCAAACAGGCCCAAUGUUAUUUUGAAAAUGUUUCAAAUCUAUUCAAGUCCCUGUAAAGUGAAAAUAAAUGUAUUGUAAAUUUGACCCAUCGGCUGCUCUUACGCAUGCACUCACAGCCAACAACGAGGCGCUCUUAAGCGGCCACACCAGCAGACUAUCCAAAGGGUAAAUAUGGAAAAAGGUGAAUCUCUGUGAAUAUUUUUCGCAUGAUAAAUCAUGAGCAUCAUAGCAGUUCCUCUAAAUUUAUUUGUUUUUUGGUGGGCUAUUGGUGUAAACAAUUCAACAAUUGGUUAGAAACCUCCCAAAAGUACAAGGAGUCCAUUGAAUUCACCCCCCCCCCACACACACACACACACAUUGUAAAUAGCAUAACAUUGUGCCUUAAAUGGAGAGCUCCACACCUAUCCUAAUUGAAAUCUCUGGAGUCAGUAUUUAUCCUUCCACAUGUUUAUAAAAUAACAUUUUUAUUUGUACAGACACAUGUAUUGUGUGAAAAUUUGUUAAUCGUUCAUGACUUGGUACUAUCAAAAAUACCGCAACCUGUUCAACUAUGCAUGCGUUUUUCUUAAAUAUAUAUUUGAAUGUAUAUAUAAACAUAAAUAUAUCAAUCCUUGUCCGUAUAAGCUUCCUGCUCUUUCAAGUAUUUUAUUGCACUCGUUUGUCACGUGGCAUUCCACUGUUUGUUCCUAUUUAAUCCCCCUUUUGUCUUGGUGCGUGUACAUAUGUUUUGUAUAUGUGUUUUCACUGCUUUCUUCUCGUCCUUCCCCGAAAACGUGUACUUGCUUGUAAUGCAAUAAAGUCUUAUUUUCUGUA